AUGCAUGGGGAGAGCACCCAGGCACUGAGCGGACAGCAAGCAGUGCAGGCGGGGAGGAUGCAGAUGCCCGUCACUGAGGCUCCUGGUUCUGCUGAGGCGUUCGAAAGUUCGACGAGUGACGGAGGAGCGAACAAAGGACGCAGCUGCUCGGAGGACUGUCAGACACGGUCAGACUGUCAUAGCGCGGUGGUCCGGAAUCCAGCGAGCAAGCGUGUGCACGGGUACCAAGGUACGAUGCUGAAACGAUUGGCUGUCCCGAAAUAUCAGAGCCAAACAGGAGAGCAAUCAACAAACGCUGCACUCGUCAACCACGUCGUAGCAGACCUGCAUGCCAGAGAGGGCGCCCGUGGUGCCGAACAAGGGCGGUCGAGGCAUAGAACGAUUACGCCUGUUUGGGGUGCCAAACCCAGCGGCGGCCCGCAUUUCAAGGUACCUCGUGCUACAUCAAUAUGUCGCCGUCUGCAAGGCAUUACCAGAGUGCACCGGCCGAUCCCAUUCCAUUUUACAAUGGCAGCCAUGCACAUCACAGCGGACCAUGGCCCUCGAGACUCAGACAUUGCGCUGUCGCUGUCGCUGUCGCUGUCGCUGUCGUCGACACUCGACUCUCUCAGCGCCUCCGCCGUCACUCGCUGA